UACAAUUGUAAAACUGCGUCAUUUGAAGUUGUGGUUGUGACAUACAAUCAAAAAAGUGGCGUUUAUUUUAUGUAUAAGUUUUACCAGUUAUCUAUAUUCAUUUCUAUUAAAAUCUAAAUUGAUGAGAAUUCUUUAACAAAUUAAUUUUAAGGAGAGGCGUGACGUAAGCAAAAGCAAAGUAAUAAAAAUAUAACUUCUAAUUCUCAAGGGCAGUACGAAGUGUUAAUUGUAUAAAAUAUAAUUAUAUAAUAGUAAUAUACCAAUUACUGGCCUAUUAUUAUUUAAUUAGUGUUUAAAGUCUAAGUACUUUUAUUUUGUAGCAUUUUAUAGGGCAACGUAACCUUUGUGCUAGUACUAGCAGUCGUAGCCUGCCACUGUCAGUGAAAAUUGGUUUAUAAAUGUUGAUUAUUUAAACUUUAAAGUUAAACAAGGUGAUAAAGAUGGAGUAUUCGUCAGAUGUUAUAGAAAGGAAUCUUCAUCAAUUUUAUCAAGGAGGACAGAACCAACAGCAGACUAACCAUUUCCUCACUCAAGCCCAAAUCUCACCCCAGGCCUGGUUCUUUGCUUGGGACCUCCUGGAUGCAUCCAAGAGCCAUGUGAUUCAGUUCUUUGGAGCAAGUACUUUACAUGUGAAGAUUUCAAAGUUUUUUCAUGAACUACCUACAAAUCAGUACGAACCACUUCGCAACAAGUUGCUUGAAGCCAUUCUUUCUUAUUCAGGAGGUCCCAAGAUUGUUCUGACUCAGUUGUGUGUUGCACUAUCUGCUUACAUUAUUCACACUGUCUCUGAUCAUUGGCCGACAGCCAUUGCUGAUGUGGCAGCCACAGUGCAACCAUCUCAUCUUCCAUCCCUACCUCCUCAACAAGUAAUGCUUAUUCUUCUUGAACUUCUAACAGUGCUACCAGAAGAAUUUCAGACUGCACACUUGGCUCAUUCACAGAAGGGAAUUAUUCGGAAUGCUCUACAAUCAUCCUUGCAUCAAGUGUCAGAGUUGUUACUUGAAGUUUUGUCUCAGCCAUUGACAUCUUCAUUUGUAGAUCUCCACCAGAUGGGACUGAAAUGCUACUCUAGCUGGUCACAGCUUGGCCCACUACUAUUAGAGUAUGAAUCUUUAUUCAGGCUAUCUCUGAGUGCUGUUUAUAAUGAAGAACUCUGUCAAACAGCAUUGGAAGCAUUAAGUAAUGUGGUAACCCAUCCAGAAGCUUAUAGGUAUCCUAAUCUAAUUCUAAAACUUCUGAACUCUGUAAUUCAGCUUGAAGACCUACUGAAUAAAUCCCUGGAGGAAAAAGACAUGGAUGUCUCCUGCAGUAUUUAUGGGCUCUUCAUAUCUUUUGGAGAACAUCACACCAAACUCUUAUUGGACACACUCAUUGAGAAGCCAGAGUUUAGAAAUACAAUUAUGAAAUUGAUUGAACUGAUCAAACAAGCCAGUGCAACCCCUGGGCACUAUCCAGUAGAUGAACUGUGUAGUGAACAGACAUUUGGUUUCUGGUAUACUCUGCAGGAUGAUAUUGUUGCAUCAGAACCACCUCAAUUUGAAGCUCUUCUGGUCACAUUUAAUCCAGUGUUUCAUUCUCUUGUUGACACUUAUCUUCUUAAAGUACAGUAUCCCCCAGAUGAUCUAUACAGUCACUGGCUUGAUGAUGAAAAAGAAUCUUUCAGGUGUUACCGUCAAGACAUAGGAGAUUCUUUUAUGUACUGUUAUAAUAUCUUGCGAGAGGCUAUGCUAGCCAACCUUCUAGGUCACUUGGAACUAGCAUUAGACAAAGCUUCCAAGGAUGUGACCCAGUGGCAGCAUUUGGAGGCCUCAUUAUUUGCAUUCCAAUCAGUGGCAGAAAGUGUUGCUUUUGAAGAACAACAUUAUCUACCAAAGUUUUUCAAUUUUCUACCUAAAGUUCCCUUCGACCAUAUUCGGAUUUUCUCAGCAGUAAUGGAUGCUGUAGGAGCUUAUGCAGAAUGGAUCAAUGUCCACCCACAGGUUCUGGGAGAUGUGGUACCUCUACUCUUGUUAGGACUACAGAAUCCGAAAGUGGCACCAGCUUCCACAAUGGCAUUAAAAGACAUUACCCGAGACUGUCAAGCCUGUUUGAAACCAUUUAGUGAGCAAAUUCUAAAAUACAGUCAGGAAGCACUAAGUGCUAAUAAAUUAAAGUCAAGAGAACAGGUAAGGCUGAUGAACACUAUUGGACAAGUGCUUUCCAUGAUGCCCAUCAACUUCAUCCUGUCGUACUUGGACCCAGUUUUAACUCCCAUGUUACAGCAGCUAGAACAUGCUCUAACUCAGCAGCCAACAGCAGUAACAAAAUUCAUUAUCAUUCACAACUUAAACAUGCUAUCCAUGUUAUUUGCUUCCCUGGAUACUCGGCUACGAGGAUUGGAAGGGGAAAAUUCAGCUGAGAAACAAAAACAGGUCUCUUCUACAUUAGGUGAAACCCAUCCAGUUCUUCUUGUGACCCAGAAGAUAAUGCCUGUUUUUAACACAGUAGCAACAGUUGUAGCUCAAGAUGAGCAAGUUGCUGAGGCUCUCUGUGAUGCUCUGAAAAGGGCAGUUUUAACUCUUCUAGAAGAAAGUAGUCCUAUUGUGGAAGACAUCCUUCAAUUAAUUCUACGACUUUACCAAACUCAUCCUUAUACAGCAGCUCUAGAUGUGACAAAACAGAUUCUUUUGCUAUUUAGUCAAGAUCAAAAUUUGAAACAGCCGCUGUCAUUAUUCCUAGUACAGAUAUGUAAUCAUACUUUAGCUUUGUGUCAGGCAGAUUUGCGAGAACAUACAAGUUUGUUGGAAAUAUUUUAUCAGACUCUAAGUCAGCUCAUCAAGAAGGCCCUGUCUUUCUUUGAAGUGGAAGGGCUUGAUCUCUCCGCACUCUUCCAAUGUAGUGUAGCAGCUAUAGGCUUACCAGAGAAGCCAACUGUAAAGUCAUCAUCCUCUUUCUUAGCAGAAUUCAUUAACUGCAGCCGAGAAGUACCAGCUUUAUUGAAUGUUGUCAACAAUAAUGGAGAAUCUCUUGUAGUGCAAGUAUUACGUAUAAUAGGAGGCGAGUCACCCAGACACGUGGUGGAAUAUAUGAGUGAUAUCCUUAUGGCACUAAACAAGAAAUAUUUUGAUAAUCUUUGUCGUUGGAUGUCCACCUACCUUCAUCAGCAGGGUUUUCCAUCUCAUCGAGUCAGUACAGAGCAGAAAGAGAAUUUUGUACGACUCAUUCUAAAAGAAAGAAGCAACAAAAGGAAGCUCAAGGAAACAGUGAAUGAGUUCACUUUACUCUGUAGAGGUUUGAUUGGAACUGAAUAUGCUGCGCAAGUCCCUGUCUUUUCUUGAUUUGACUAACACUUAGUUUGAUAUUGUUGCUUAAGCCUUUUAAGAAAAUAUUUAAAUUGUUUUCAUCAAAACAGGGAUAUGUAAAUUUUUCUUUCUUUAAGUUUAAUUUUUGUAUAAAAUAGUAGUACUUAGUGGUGUUUUCUCAUACUUUUGAACAGGUUUAAAGUUGGUACUUUAUCAGACUGUACUUUUUGUAUAUAUGAAUUUAAGUGGCUGAAUAAUGCACCCUAAUUAAACAAGAAACGUACAUUUCUUGAAGAAAUCAAAGAAUUUAGUCUGGAUGGUAUUAGUGAGCAUUACUGUAAUUUAAAGCUAAAAGAAUACAAUUUCAGGAUAAUGUGUUGUAUAUUCCUUUAGUGAGAAAAGCUAAAAAACGUUAUCUCUGAUAACUUUGAGAAUUAUUCUCAGGCUACAGUUUCAUAUCUUUAUAUAAAUCAUGUGCAUAUGUAUAAUGCCUUUUACUCCAAAUGUUUAUUUUCAACAAAAAUGAAACUGUCAUUAGUCAGUUUGUCUCGCCUUGCUCGCUAACUUGGAUAUUACCAAAAGAUUAUAAAACCAAGUUAUGGUUUGAAAGCAUCAUUCUAAUCUGUUGAUAUAAAAUGUCUGUCCUAAGAUUUCUUAUAAUGUGUAUGCGUGUGAAUAUCUUCAAUAAGAUCUAACAUAAUAUAGGAAGAAGUGUAGACAUUCACCGAAUUAUAGUUUCAAGAUGACAAAUGGAAAAUACUUAGAACGUAUGACAUAUAGGUACAUUAAUUACCAAACUUUUUUUUUUCUUUUUUCUAUGAUUAUGCAGUUUUAAGUUUUGGUUUGGAAAAUAUUUAAAAAUGCAUCUCAGAACAGGGCUGAUGUUGAAUUUUCUUAAGAUUACUACAAGAUAUUAGGAUAAUAAUAAAGUCACUGAUGGCUGUAUGUGAUAAUGUGUUUAAAUGUACAUAAACAAUUGUCCUCAUAACUAUCUGGAUGUAAGUAAUUUGUUUUUACAAUUUUAUUGAACCCUAAGACAAAUAAUGCAGUUAGUAGAAUAGCGUUGGAAAAGUUAAUUAUAAAGAAAACCUUAUUGAAAAUUAUUGUUUCUUAGGGAACCAAAACUUCUCCCAGAGCUCAUUGCAGAAAGCUUAGACAUGGUACAGGGUGUUACAUACUUAUGUUUUUUUCUUAUAAACUAGCAGUUUUUUAUAUCACAAAUAUGUGAUUAAUUAUUGAAAUAAUGCAUGACAGUGUUCAGUACCAUGCAACGUUACUUAAAUGUGGUAUAAAAAUUAAUUGCUUAAAAUAGAUGCUCACAUUCCUGGCCAGCAAGGUAGUGGUGAUAUUUGUUCAAAAGAAAUAUUAAAAAUGACCACUAGAAAGGAGAUUUCAAGGAUCAAUGAAUACUUUUCAAAAAAGAUAAUGCUUUCAAUAGACUUGAUAUGUUUAUUUAAAGCGUACAUUCAGUGAAUGUCUUCUAUGGCAUUUUUCUAAACAGCAUGUACCAUGUCCAAACUGCCAUAAAUAAAAAGUAUGAUUCUUAAUGUGCCUUUAGUGAAAUUUAGUUCCCUCUAAGACAAGUAAUCAAUAAUAUAUAAGCCUUUUUAGUAUGCGGCUUUUUUUCUAAUCAUGGUGUUUGUAUAAGGUAGAGAACCUUGUGGAAAUCUUAGUAUGUACAUGUAGCACUUGAGGUUAUUUGACAACUUCUAUCAACCCUGUCACAAUGUUUUUGGUACCUUGUGGAAAUCUUAGCCAGGAUAUGUAUCACUUCAUUGACAACUUCUAUCAAACCUUUAAUGUUUUUUUUUUGGUACUUUGUGGAAAUCUUAGCCAUUGACAACUUCUAUCAAACCUUUCACAUUGUUUUGGUACCUUAUGGAAAUUUUAGCCAGUCAGUAUAUCACUUCCAAUUCAUCCAUUUCAUUGGCAAUUUCUGUAAAACCUAUCAUAUUGUUUUUUUAGUACCUUGUGGAAAUCUUAGCCAGUAUGUGUAUCACUUCAUAUCAAAUGUUCCACAUAUCUUUGUCUGUUUUGAGGUCAACGUAUUAGAACAUAAAAGAUUUGAAAUAAAACUUGUACAAAUAAACACAAUUUGGCACUUU